AUGGAAGGGAACUGGUUAAAUCUCGUGCUAGAUGUUGUCGUCGCUUGUUUGGCUAUCAUCCUCAUUGCUUUAGCCGUGACGCUGCGGCAUUCGAUGAACAGCAGUCUGCUGGGAGUUGCGAUGGUUAGUAUUGUGAGUUUCAGUCAAACGCUAUCAUCUUUCGUGAAUUACUGGACUAGUAUCGAGACGUCUUUGGGGGCUAUUGCGAGAACACGGCGAUUUGUCGCAGAAACGCCGGCAGAACUGUCCGACGGAGCAGCAGUCGUCUCUGUAGAAUGGCCUUCGGACACUUCUAUCGAGUUCAAGGAUGUCUCUGCUUCAUAUCAGGUCUCCGGUCCCGAGGUCGUACAGAAGAUUAAUCUGAUCAUCGAUGCUGGGCAGCGGGUCGCGAUUUGUGGCCGCACGGGUUCGGGCAAAUCCACUCUCGCCGCACUUCUCCUACGCCUGCUAGACCCCAAGUCUGGCGUCGUGCUCAUUGGGCACGACGACAUCUCUUCGUUUUCCCCAGAAACAGUCCGUGGGCGCAUCAACUCGCUGCCACAGGACCCGUGGUUUCUGCCGGGGGGGCAUGAAACUGUGCGUUCCAACUUGGACCCUCUUAGCGAAGCCACAGAAUCCCAGAUCCAAGUUGCAUUGGAAAAAGUCGGAUUGACAGAGCAGAUCCGGAGGAUGGGCGGCCAUGAUGCAGAAAUGCGUGGGAGUCACCUGUCCGCUGGACAAAGACAAUUGUUCUGUUUGGCGAGGGCCAUGCUGAUGCGGAGAAGUAAAAUCUUGCUGCUGGAUGAGGCAACAAGCAGUGUCGAUGUACCUACGGAGGAGGUCAUGAUGUCCCUCUUGCGGACCGAGUUUCAAGGCUGGACUAUCAUAGCAAUCGUCCAUCGGCUACAGAGCAUCCAGGACUUUGAUCGCGUGGUGGUGCUGGAUCAGGGCCGGGUUGUCGAAUGUGCAAGUCCGACGGUGCUACUUGCGGAUGAGGGCUCGGCUUUUGCGAAGCUGUAUAGGAAUGGGGGGUGGCAGUCAUCUUAGAAGAUGGAAGCAAGGAUCAUCGGUUCAAGUGACUCUUAUAUAGCCACUGUGUAACUCGAGAUCUGAGACUCUGAGAUUGAUUCGUCUAAGAUGAAGGUAGAUGAGAAAUAUCGACAAAUGUAUGUUUGAAAGCUAGCUACUAUUUCAUUCUAGGUACAAAGUAGAACUUAAGGAAAACAGGCCUCUUCAUGAGGAUUCACUAAAAUCAACGAGGAAUCUAUACAUGUCUUGUAGUGGUGAAGUGAUACAUGCAACUCGGGAAACAUUCAUUUUAAGAGCUUAUCAGAAGCUAUUCUCUACUAUCCUCUCAUUUU